AAAAAAGACUUGGAGUUGAAUCGUUUGCAUUUAGCAAAAUCAGUGUGACUCGUGUCUUCAACGUGUUUUGUCACGCCAAAGCGUAUGAUCGCGUAAAUCGUUUGUCGAGAAAACAAAUUUAUAAACAAACUGCCCAAACUGUGUUUGUGAAAGAAUAAUUAGCUGCCAGCAACCAAUUGAACAUCGGAAGGCGAUAAGACGGAAAGGAUUAACUGCACCUGGUUAUUUGAAUCGUAGACAUUCUCUCCUCCGUACACAAAUACACACACAAAAUGCUUACAGGAAUCAGUUACCUGCUAGUCACUUGCUUAGCCACCAUAAGCACAGCGAUACGAGUGGAUUGGAAUACAAACACUGGUCCCAUUAUACCACCAACACCUCGCACCACAAUCAGACCAAUACCGCCAUUCCGGGAGCCAGCGCCCGUCUGGGAGGAUCUUAGCAAUGAUAUACCAAAUCCAAAUCCAUAUGUUUAUGUAUUACCGCCACCCUCACGACCCAAACAAAGGCUCAACACCAAUGUCAAUUACGAUACAAAUCCCAACAAAUACGGAACCUUGAUCAGGCCAUCGCUACAAACCACCAACUACUAUCAGCAGCAGAGCAAUACCCCACAACAAGUUGCCGGGCUGGCGCCACAAUACAUUCCCAAUGUGGGUACACGUUAUGUGGCGGUGGUGCCCAAAACCUCUGGAGUGACAGGAACUACGAGCAGCACAGCAGCGAAUGUACUUUCUCCCAACGACAAUGAAAACAACUACAAAUUCCAGGGCAAAUACAAUGCCAAGACGAAGAAAUACAAGGUCUAUGAGAAAGUCAAAUAUGUGCCAAUUAAUUAUUAUACUGAACUAGAGGAAAAUGAUAGUGUAAGUGAGGCCACAUCCAAGCGUAAUUUGCCAGCUGAGAUUCCCGUUUGGGCUCCUUUUGAUGACGAAGAUUUGCCAAAUGUAGAAUACACGGUUAAAUUAGAGAAUCUCUUGGCAACGGCCGAAAAACUUUCCGGCACGACACCUGUUACCACCACCAGUACCACAAAUACAUCGAUGGCUUCAUCGACCCCUUCAACAUCUGCGGCUCCUUCCUCUUCUUCGACACCAGCCCCCUCAAAAUCCUCAUUUAAAUUCUACUCGAAACAUAUUUAUCCCAAGGAUUCUACGUUGAAACUCAAGGAAAAACUCAAUAAGAAAAGUUGAAUUCUCCCAGUGAGGAAUUGAAAUAGCUCUAAGUCCAACACCACCACUACUACUACUUCUACACAUGCAUACAUGCAAAAGUUCCAUUUGUUAAUAAUUUGCAAAUUGUUAUUAAAACUUUUCCACACAAAUAUACCUACAAAUUUGAAUUUGAAGGCCACAAACAGCAACUAAUACUAUUUCGAAACUAUACCGUUCACCUACACACUAAUACACACAUAUGCAUACGUGUUUGCCAUAUUUUCUUUGGUAAAUGAAAAUUCACAAAUUGUACAUAGCGAAAGUAUUAAUCUGUCAUUCAAAGAAAACAAAAACCUAUUAAAUGUCCAAUUUGAAAAGCAACUGCUCAAAAGAAUUAGAAAACAAUAAAAACCUAUCAUGUUGUUACUUUUUUUAUAUAUAUAAUUUUACAUGUAAAUAAAUAUAAUCAUAUAUAUUUUAUAUACAAUAAAUAAA